CCUCAAUAUUCAGACAUCUCUGGAAUAUCAUCCAUAAAGGAAUUACUUAAUUGUUUUCUAUAAAGCUUUCAAGGCUGAGGAAACAUCAUCCUAAACAUUAUAUAUAUUCUUUAACCAUCAUUAACCAUGUCGAUAAGGUUUGCUGUACUUCAUAUAUUAGGUAUUCUGUCUCUGAGCUGCUGCACUUUUGGAUCUGAAAUAAAUGUUCCAACACCAAUUAGCUGUGGAACUCGGGCGGCUGACCUACCAGACACACGUCAGCUGGUGCUCUGCCCAGCAAACUGCAAUCUGUGGAGUCUGUCAGUGUUCGGCUCAGGAGUAUAUGCCUCUAUUUCCAGCAUCUGUGGAGCAGCAACACACAGAGGCAUCAUAAAUCUAUCAGGUGGACCUGUGGAGGUUCACAGACUUCAAGGCAAGACAAACUACCUCAGCUCUUACGCACAUGGCAUCCAGUCUCAGUUCCUGUCUCAAUGGAGCUCAUCUUUCACUGUGGCCAGAACAAUUAGCUUGCCUUUGGAAGUGUCCAGCCAAACCAGUAGUUCUGCCACAGCUGCAUCUGGAACAGCCAAGAAACCAGUCAAAAAAUCUGUAAAGAAACCUCCUCCAACAACAGCAAACAGAGAUUGCCCCGUGGAUAUGGCAUUGCUGAUAGACAGCAGUUACAACAUUGGACAGCGCCGGUACAACUUGCAGAAGAACUUUGUCAGUAAGCUUGCAAUGAUGCUGAAGGUGGGAACACCAGGACCUCAUGUCGGAGUGGUGCAAACCAGUGAGACACCUCAAACCGAAUUUUACUUGUCUAAUUACACUACAGCCAAAGACGUGUCUUUUGCCAUCAAGGAGAUUACGCACAUUGGGGGGAAUACAAAUACAGGUAAGGCCAUACUACACACUGUGAGGAACUUCUUCAAUCCGGAUUUUGGUGUGCGGAGAGGUUACCCACGGGUCAUUGUGGUGUUUGUCGAUGGGUGGCCCUCUGAUAACGUGGAGGAAGCGGCAGUUUUGGCCAGAGAGUCUGGAAUUAAUGUGUUCUUUGUGUCUGUGGCCAAACCUGCCCCUGAGGAGAUGAGCAUGGUGAGCGAUCAAGACUUCAUGAGAAAGGCAGUGUGCAAGGACAAUGAGUUCUUCACUUUCACCAUGCCCAGUUGGUUUGGAACCAACAAGUUUUUGAAGCCACUUGCUCACAAGCUUUGCUCCAUCGAUCAAAUGGUUUGCAGCAAGACCUGCUAUAACUCUGUGAACCUGGGCUUCCUGAUCGAUGGCUCCAGCAGUGUAGGUGACGGAAACUUCCGGCUAGUGCUGGACCUUCUUGUCUCCAUUGUACGCAGCUUCGACAUCUCCGACAUUGGAUCUCGAAUUGGUGCCAUCCAGUUCACAUAUGACCAAAGGAUGGAGUUCAAUUUUGAUGACCACACAACGAAAGAUGAUGCUCUGAGGGCCCUGGAGAACAUCCCAUACAUGAGCGGAGGCACAGCCACUGGAGACGCCAUCAACUAUGCUGUGCGGAGUCUCUUUAAACCCCGCACAGGCUCCGGCAAGAAGUUCCUCAUUAUCGUCACUGAUGGACAAUCUUACGACGAUGUAAGAGGGCCGGCUAUGGCCGCCCAGAGAGAGGGAAUUACAGUGUUUACCGUUGGUGUGGCUUGGGCACCGAUGGAAGAUCUGAAGGCAAUGGCGUCCGAGCCCAAAGAGAGCCACGUGUUUUUCACCCGCGACUUCACCGGCCUCGCGCAGUUCCAGCAGCCCAUCGUACGAGGGAUCUGCAGAGACUUCACAGACUACAAUUAAAGAGCAACUGUUUGAGAGACAAAGGAAAGAAAAGAGAGAGAGAGAAAGGGCAAACGCAAUUAAAAGAACAUAUUUUUUUUUAUUAUUAUUUAGCUUUUUGCUAUACUUAUUAGAACAAAUGUGACCUACAAUGCUGUUUGUAUGUUUUAACUAAAUGUGCAAAGAAGGGACGGGCUUGUAUUUUCACGGUUUUCAGCUUUAAUGGUAUUGGUAUUUCUGAUGAUAAAUAGGAUUUUAUUUUAGAAUAAGUCAACCUCCAUAUUGUGGACAAUGUAAUUGUUUUGUGAUUUGUAGUCUUUUUCCAUAAUGUUCGUUCUUUAACUUUUUUCAAGUAUUUGUUGCCUGCGGAGGGGUCACUGUAACUUUUAUAUUAAUUUAAGGACUUGAAGAUUCUAUUCCAGUUACGCAAGGUAGUGCACAAUAUGGGGAGGGUGACAAAAACAGCUAUGAAGAGGAUUCCCAGUGAAACAGCACCCUCCCACGCAUUCUGUCGGCAGUGCAGAUGACUGACUUCUGGAUGCGUCACUUUCCUUUUUAAUCUCAAUGCAUCAAUGUUUGCUGAUUCACACCAUUACAUAAGUAGAUCUGGGUUAUAAAAUAAAACAAUAUGGUCCUUCCCAGAGGUACCAAACAAUAUACAAGCACUGUACUACAUACACAAACACUUUUUCUUUCAUGUCAUGUACGUCAGAGUGAGAGAUGAGGAUAAGCAGUUUGACCAUAUCUAUUAUUUUCUUUAAAUUAUACUUUCAAUGUACUUAUCGAACACAUUUUUAUGUGUACCCUUCCAUAUGCAUGCUUUACUGCCUCACAUAAUGACAACAGAUGUGGGAGGGAGCAUUAAAAUGCCUGUACAUUUGUUUAUAAUUUAUUACUUUCCUCUCAAUAAAGGUGUUUUUACAACUUGA